AUGGCUCCUGCAGCGGGCGUGAAGCGUCCUGCAGCGCUGCUACCUGCUUUCGAGCCAUUGAGCUCGUCCCCCUCCCUUCCGAGGCCUACCAAGCGUGUUGCACGCGAACCCGCUUAUCCUACCCCCGUGCCAACCUCUUCAACUCACAUUAUGUCGUCUUCGCCGCCUGGUAUCUCCACCGCCGCUCGUUCUUCCGCGCGUCGGACCUUCUCCGCCGCCGUCGAGCGGUCUCCCUUGUCCGCGGUCCCGACCAUUAUGCUGCCCGAAAAUGGCGAGCCUAUGCUUAUGGGUCGGUCAAGUGCUUCCUGCCAUCACCAGCUAGCUGCAAGCCGCAUGAUUUCACGUAUCCAUGUCAAGGCUACCUACAAGCCGGCGCCGAACCCCUUCGACCGCGACAGGGUUGAGAUUAUGUGCAUGGGCUGGAAUGGGAUCAAGAUUCAUUGCCAGGGAAAGAAGUAUGAUUUGGCCAAGGGAAAGACUUUUACGUCGGAUAUCAAGGAUGCGGACAUCAUGAUUGAUGUUCAUGAGGCACGUGUCUUGGUGCAGUGGCCACGGAAUGAAAAUGAUAGAAAGGAUUGCCCAUCGACCGAUUCGGAACAAACUUGGGAUGAACGAACCCCGACCCAGAAGAAUCCCCGCCGCUUGCUCCCGGACAGUCCAUUUGUCGAGAAUCAGCGUUUGGGUUCCCCUGUCUCGCCCUCGCCUGCCGUGCAAAAUGUCAUCCCUCCGUCGUCGCCAAUCUUCACGCCCUCUCGCGCACGUGGUUCAGUUGUGGUGUACGAAGAUGAGCCUUCUCCUUUGAAGCGUCAUAAUACAGUUGGUGGGAUUACGUCUCACAGUGCUCGUCGUGCCAGUGAGAUGCUGCAGAUCUCGCAGUCUAGUGAUAUCAGCAGACCGGAGGACGAGUCUGAUAAUGACGAGGAAAACGACCCUAUUGUCCACUCAUUUGGUCCAUUUGGCGAGAACCUGCUUCCUCGGAUGGCCUCAUUCCACACUGGAGAGUCUCCUAGUCGCCCCGCGCUGUCGCCUCUCAACCUGCUGCCUCCCCAGCCUCCCCAGCAUCUCAAGUCUCACAAGCACCCGUACGCCAAUGAGCCAAAGGAAGAUACCGAGGUCAGGCAGAAGACCAAGGAAGAGGAGGAGAGCUUCGAAAGAGUCCGCAACCACACUGUGAAUCAGCUUGCUUUCUCCCGUCUAUCAUCUACUCCUUUCUCCACUAUUCUGAACAGUCUCCCUCCUUCAUACUGGAAGUCGAACGCGAGCAACACUUCUGGUCCAUCUCGCGCCGACAUUCGCGCCAUCCUGGAAACCACCAAGUGCAUUGGCAAGGUUGCACGUGAAGGGAAAGAUGCCGCUGGCCAGCCCCUGGAAAGCGAGUUCUACUACAUCCCCGACUUCGAUGAAGAUGUUGGUCGCCGUGAGACUGUGGUGAACAACCUCCGGAAGCCUGGACUCCGCAACUGCCGCAAGCAGCACAAGCAAUACUUCUGGAAGAAGCCGAAAUAA